AUGGUAAACAGUGGCCGCACGACAUACGGGCCGGAUGCAUCAAACCCUCAGGGGAACGUGUAUGCUUACCACGAAGUCUCGCAAAAUGCAGCUGGAAGUCCAGGCUUUGCCGGUGAUCCGUACUCCACUGCGAUAGAUGUUCAGGGCCAGGGGUACAUACCCGCCACUCAACAGGGCCAGCCGGUCGAGGGCAGCCAGUGCCAGGCGAUCGCGAACAUGUUUUGCACGAAGUUGAACAUCCUCUUGGUCUUCGUGCCUCUGGGGAUUGUCAGCCACUACCAAGAGUGGGGCCCACUCUCGGUUUUCACCUUCAACUUCAUGGCUAUAGUUCCGCUGGCUGGCAUCUUGGGCGGAGCGACCGAGAAACUUGCU